UUGUAAAUAUCUGUAUUAUUUGGUAGAUGCAACAGACUCCAGUUCUUCUGAAAUGUUAGUCAAUUGUUUGUGUGCAGAAAUGUAUUUUCAAUGGAUAGAUUCACUCCCAUCACUGAAAAUGUAUGUCAUCCAUCACAUUGCAAGCAGAACAGUAGAGAAGUAGAAAUCUGUUUGAAUUAUAAUUAAGUUGAUUCGGUGUUGUAGGCUAGACAUAGCUGCUCUGCUCUAAAAAUAUAUACUUCUUGCACAGUAGGCCUAUUUAUCAUUGUCCAUCAAAUCUUAUCAGUGACAGACGCCGAAGGCAAAGAUGAACACUUUUUGAGCCUGUGGGCGUUCCGUCUCUUCUGCUGUUCCAUUUCUACGUUGACACAUUCAGAGCUAGCAAAGCUAGCUAGGCAGCAAUAGUUCAACUAGGCAGAGGUAGGAACAGGGUGUGUUUCACACAAAUGGCUCAACAUUUACAAUGAAGAACAUUAAAUCACCUAUAUCUUGACGACCCCUGCAUGCUCAAUGACGGUCUGCCGCGGUCUCAGCGAUUGACAUGGACUCUUGUGACAAGGAUGUGAAACUGUCAGCCGAAGUGGAGCCGUUUAUCCCACAAAAGAAAGGUCUGGAAGGAGCCCUGGUCACCAUGAGCCUGUCUGGAGGAGAAGGAGGAGGAGGAGGAGGGGGGGUGGAGGAGCCCACCCCUAUCCCCAGCUACCUCAUCACCUGCUACCCUUUUGUCCAGGAGAACCAACCCAACAGACAACAGCACCCCAUGUAUAGCGGAGGAGGGGACCUGCGCUGGCAGCAGCCCAACCCCACCCCAGGUGGUCCGUACCUGGCUUACCCCAUCCUGUCCUCCCCCCAGCCGCCAGUCUCCAACGACUACACCUACUACCAGAUCAUGCCUGCCCCCUGCCCCCCCAUGAUGGGCUUUUACCAGCCCUUCCCAGGAACGUACGCCGGACCCCUGCAGCCUGGCGUGGUAAACCCUGUAUCAGCUGACGUCAGCGAGAGACCGUCCCCUCCCCGACAGGCGUUUGGACUAGCAAAUCAGAGAGGAGGGAGGGGCAUGGUCAGACCUGCCGUUCUACCCAAGUCUAUGUUCAAUCAGCAGCAGCAGGUGGGGUUGUGUCAGCCCCUUAAGGACAGGAGGCCCCCCAUGAGGACUGUAGCUGUCCAGAAGGAGAUGUGUUCCUCAGGGCCAGUCGGACGGACCAAGACAGUCCUACUGGUGGACGCUGCCCAGCAGACUGACUUCCCAGGGGACAGUGUGUGUGGUCGGGGUGCGUCGGAGCGGGAACGGGAGCGGGCCAGCCCCCUGCUGUGGAAGAACCUUCCCCGGAGAAGGCGGGCCUCGCACCCUGCCGAGAGCUCCAGCGAGGCGGACAUCGACAGCGACAGCGGCUACUGCAGCCCCAAACACAACCAGCAGGCCCCGGGGGCUACGCAACGCACUGCCGACGCUGCUACAGCUCCUACGGGAGUGGAUGCAGGUGUAAUGACAGCGGUAAGCUGGGUGAACGUAGCGUCUCAGGCCACUCAGAGGUCGUGGUCAGACAACAGGACCACCCCGUUCCAACGGACAGGGAAGACCACUGAUCAGAGGAACUACUUACAGCAGGACUUCCAUGCAGGGUACUCAGGGGGGCGUGUCUGUCCUAACCCCACCCCCGCAGACACCAACUGUGGUCUGCAGCAGAGACGGCUCCAGCCCGGAGUAGGCCCUGGGACGGCGCUUGCUCCUGAGCCCCUCUACUUCGAGGAUGAGGAGGAGUUUCCAGAGCUGGUCUCAGGAGGAGGGGCACAGAGGAACAACAAACCAGACCACAACCCUUCCCAGACCCAGAACCAGAACCAACACCAGACCAAACUAACCAAGAACCUGCUGGAUAACCUUCCAGAGAACUCUCCCAUCAACAUCGUCCAGACUCCCAUCCCAAUCACCACCUCCGUCCCCAAGAGGGCAAAGAGUCAGAGGAAGAAGGCCCUGGCUGCUGCCCUGGCUACAGCACAGGAGUACUCUGAGAUCAGCAUGGAGCAGAGGAAACUACAGGAGGCGCUGACCAAAGCAGCAGGAAAGAAGAGUAAGACUCCAGUCCAGUUGGACCUGGGAGACAUGCUGGCUGCACUGGAGAAACAACAACAGGCCAUGAAGGCUAGACAAAUAAACAACACCAAACCACUGUCCUUCACAGACUGCCCUCUCUCUUGCUUUCCAGUGGGUACAGCAGCUCCGUUCCAUGGUUCAGGUGCCGGGCCAGGAGCAGGGUCCGGUGUAGCGUCAGUGUUGAAGGCCCAGCAGCCCCACUCUGCCCCCCACAACAUGCUGGACUCUAGCGCUCCGCGCCUGAAGAGGGGGAAGGAGAGAGAGAUCCCUAAAGUCAAACGACCCACCGCCCUGAAGAAGAUCAUUCUGAAGGAGCGUGAGGGGAAGAGGGGGAAGGUGUGUGUGGACCAGACUGCUGCCGGCCAGGAUGAACAGGGAGAGGAGGAGCUGCACUUCACUGACGACCUCACACGGGAACCUGCCUCUCAGGAGGAGAACGGUCUGAGCGUGCCCAGUGAUGACGCGUCCCUGUCCCCGGCCAGUCAGAACUCUCCGUACAGCAUCACACCUGUUUCCCAGGGUUCCCCUGCCUCCUCCGGCAUUGGCAGCCCCAUGGCCUCUAACGCCAUCACCAAGAUACACAGCCGCCGCUUCAGAGAGUACUGUAACCAGGUGUUGAAUAAGGAGAUCGAUGAGAGUGUGACGAUGCUGCUGCAGGAGCUGGUCCGGUUCCAGGAGAGGGUUUAUCAGAAGGACCCCAGCAAAGCCAAGACCAAACGCAGACUGGUCAUGGGCCUUAGAGAGGUCACCAAACACAUGAAGCUCCACAAGAUCAAGUGUGUCCUCAUCUCCCCCAACUGUGAGAAGAUCCAGGCCAAAGGGGGUCUAGACGAGGCUCUGUACAACGUCAUAGCCAUGGCCAGAGAACAGGAGAUCCCGUUUGUGUUUGCUCUGGGUAGGAAGGCUCUGGGACGCUGUGUCAACAAACUGGUGCCUGUCAGUGUGGUGGGCAUCUUCAACUUCUCUGGAGCAGAGGGUCUGUUUAACCGGCUGGUGUCUCUGACGGAGGAUGCUCGUAAGUCCUACAAGGACAUGGUGUCAGCGCUGGAGCAGGAGCAGGCUGAGGAGGCGCUGAAAAACGUCAAGAAGGUCACCCACCACAUGGGCCACUCCAGGAACCCCUCCGCCGCCUCCGCCAUCUCCUUCUGCUCUGUCAUCUCUGAACCCAUCUCUGAGGUCAACGAGAAGGAGUACGAGACCAACUGGAGGAGUAUGGUGGAGUCGUCAGACGGGCUGGAGCCUGUGGAGGCUAAACCCAGCCGCACCGCUGCUUCCUCCGGGUUGCAGAGAGACAACCAGCCCCCCUCCACCACCACUAACCGCAGCCCUUACUCCACUACCCUCCAGCUCAGAGCAGCCGUCCAUGCUCCAGCCUCAGGCCCGGGGGAGAGAGAGGAGGGCCGGGCAGACGACCGGUUGGAGCUGGCCUCCCAGCAGAGCACGGAGACAGGUAGCCUGGAUGGGAGCUGCAGGGACCUCCUCAACUCCUCCAUCACAUCCACCACCUCCACCCUGGUCCCUGGUAUGCUGGAGGAGGCAGAGGAAGAGGAGGAGGAGGAGGAAGAGUACACACCAGAGCCCAUCUCUGUGGAGGUGCCUGCGGUCAUCAGCCGUAUUGAGUCCUGGGUGUCUAAGACGCUGGAGAACCUUCAGCUGGGGAAGAGCCCGGACAGCACAGAGGAGGAGGAGGAAGAAGAGGAGGAGGAGGGAGGGCAGAGUGAGGAGGAAGAGGAGUUGGAUUCUGCUGAUGUCACAGAGACGGGACUGGAGAGGACGGAGAAUAUGGAGGCCAAGAAAAUCACUGGCUGAUUAGACCUCCUUCAUCCCCCGCUCUCCCUCUCUUUCUCUUUUGUUUCUCUCUAAGUUUUCUCUCUCUCUCUCUCUCUCUCUCUCUCUGUGUACACUCCAUCCCUUGUCUUCCUCACUCCCCCUCUCUCGCACCUGUUCCCCUAACAUGCACCCUUUCACCUCUAUCACACACUCGUUCCUCCUCUCUCAUCCUCUCCUCCCCCUCCCUCUAUCUCUCACACAGUUGAACCAGCAGCUCUCCUCUCCUCUGUCUGUAACUUUGGACUUCAGACAUUAUCUCAGGAAUCAGACCAUACAAAGACAGACAGACAGACACAGACACAUACAGUCACUCACACAGACACAGAGACAGACAUACAGUCACUCACACAGACCAACCUUCAGACUGCAGAACUCUCCUGGUCUCUCUGAUGGAUAGACUCCUCUGUUCCUCUCAUCCUCCUCUCACUGAUGUGGACCUGAAACAACUGCCUCGCCUAAACUGGACUGGACUGGUCUGGUCUGGUCGAUCUGGCAUCGACUGGUCUGACAUCGAAUGGGCUCGACUGGUCUGGUCUGGUCUGGCUAAGGGAAGCCCAGGCCUGGUUCCCUUCCUACUACUCCAGGUUUCCCCAGGAUAGGAAGAGGCUGUGAGGAGAGGCUUCCCCUCUGUCUGUAUGACGCAGAGCCACCGAGAUGAUAGAACUCUCAAUGAGACUGCUGACUGUAAAAAGAGAACUCUCCCUCCUUUCAGAGAGCCACCCUCCCUCCGUCAUCCCUGGGUUUUUCAUAGUGAAGGAGAAGAGUCUGGCGGUUCAGUCCAAGCAGAAGAUUGCUGAGCCCCUGCAGAGCUGAGUUUACAGCUGUGUGUGUGUGUGUGUGUGUGUGUGUGUGUCCCAUCAUCAAAGGCUUAUGUUAUAGCGUCGUCAUCCUUCCCAUGUUUAUUACCUGUAUCUGCUUCAUCGUAUGUUCCCCCACUGUGUAACUACAGCUUUAUCUCAAUCCAAUACAACUCCAUUCUAUUC